UCUGCGUGAUGGUAUCAACUUGAAAAUUGAAACUUUAAAAUCACAACUUUUCUAUUUGCAACGUGAUGAUAAUCCUAUUCCAAACUAUGUUGAUGCUACACAGCUCAUUUCUUUUAUUGUGAAAUUGCCAGAUGAUGGUUCUGUUUGGUCCUGGGGCUAUAAUGUCUAUGGCCAGCUUGGUCAUGGCAAGGAAAAUUGCUCAGUUCCUUGCUUGAUAGAGCAUUUCAAGGAAUUGGGUUCUUCUGACUCUUUGACAGAGGAAUCAAGUGCAGAUCACACAGGAACUUCUUUAAAGAUUUGUGCUGUCAAAGCAGGAGGAAUGAUGUCACUUGCAAUAGAUGAUCAUGGGUCUUUAUGGAUCUGGGGAAACUGUCCACAGGCUAAUGACGAUGGAGAAUUUUGCCUUUCUAGUAGCAGUGUUCCUCUACCUGUGUGGAACUUCCAUGGCCAUACUGUCGUCAAGGUGGCAUGUGGAAAUGAACAUGUGGUUGCUGUAGUUAGUGCUGGAGAAACUUACACUGGAGGGGAUGAUCUCGUAUGCUAUGCUUGGGGUAAUAACAAUCAUGGUCAGUUAGGGUUAGGUGACAAGGAAGUCAGACUACGACCUGAAGUCAUCUCGACUUUCAACGAGGAGUCCUCCUGGGUGGUUUAUGAAGUCGCUUGUGGAGCAUUUCAUACUGCUAUUCUCACUAAUAAGAAGUCAUAUAACCAGGAGAUCGAAUCAAAGUGUUGGACAUUUGGUCUUGGUGAAAAUGGGCAGCUUGGUCAUGGGACUACGAAGAGCAUAUGUUUGCCACAGACGGUAGAUGCUUUACCACAAGAUGCUUUCCUGAUUUCUCUUGAUUGUGGUUUGUUUCACACGUCUGUUGUGUCAUCAGCUGGUGAUGUAUGGUCUUGGGGAAUGGAGAAAGGGCUUGGAUUAUGCCCGGAUGCUAGCUUCACGGGAACUGAUGCUGGUGAUGCAUACCUCCCAUUGAGAAUUCGGGCUUCUGAAACCAACGGAUUCAGGUUUACAGGUCCCAUGCAAGUUGCCUGUGGAGCAGCCCAUACAGUUCUUGUUUCCGACAAUGGUUAUAAGCUUUGGGCAUGGGGUAGAGGCCGAAGUGGGGUCCUGGGGAGAGGUCAGACAGCUGAUAGUUAUGUUCCUUCUGCUGUAAUGUGGCCACCUCUCGAUACAGUAUUCAAGGAUGAAAAAUUAAAAACAGAUGACCUGAUAUCAAAGACCGAAGACCAUGAAGUUGGAAAAACUGUGGAGAUGGACCACAAACUGUCUGCAGCAACGGAGGAAUUGAACUUUCUAAAGACAAAGCUGACUCUUAUGGAACGUUAUGCCGGUCUGCUGCAUUUAUCUAUAUUCAGAAAGCCACUCGAUGAGCGAAGACUUCCGCAGUCACUGCAAGACUCUGGUGUCUUUGAUGUCAGAAAGGAAUUAGAGAACGUACUGGAAAAGGCCGAUGAUGAGGAGCUAAUUCGAAUGGAGAUGUUCUAUCGCAGUAUGCUGUCUACCGUGAAGGACAGGCUGAUGAAGAGGAGAGUACGAGAACUUGUCAAGGAGUGCCUUGUUUCUCUAUCCACUGGGAGGCAACAUCAUUCACCUUAAUGUGCAGUAUUUUGCUGUUUUCAGCAUACUAUCGUCAAUAUAUAUAUAUAUAUAUAUAUAUAUAUAUAUAUAUAUAUAUAAUCCACUUCUUAUAUAAGUUGUGAGGCUGCAAUAAAUCAUUUAAAGCUCGACGAUUUAAAACCAAGUCUUGUUCUUGUGCCUUUUUCGAUUUGUGUAGUUGGUUUCACUCUCGUCUUGACUAUAUGAAAUUUGUAGAAUGCACCAUCUUUGUCUGAGCGAAGGACUUACGCGACUUUGUGGUCA